GGUGACAAUAAUUAAGUCAAUCAGCUCCAGAAAAUUCCAUAUAGAAACGAUGAAGUUCGAUGAUAUCUUCAAAGAGAUAGGCGAAUUUGGUCCAUACCAAAGACGAAAUUACGGUCUACUAAUUGUAGGAUGGAUGCUAACGGGACCCACUAUGGUGUUGUCUGUCUUUGUGUUAGGUUUGCCGAAUCACAGAUGCCAGAUUCCCGGUCUUACUAACGAUACUUAUGCAAUUCAAGGACCACAACAUGCGGAUCUAAUUAACAAGUACAUCCCCUUAGAUAAGGACGGCGAGUAUGAUCAGUGUAGUAUUUACGAAAUCAACCAAUCACCGAUGGAAUUUGACAACAGUAGUCAACCAAUCAACGCAUCUACGAUAAAGUGCUCAUCUUGGGUCUACAGCAAGGAUAUUUUCCACGAUACAUUUGUUACGAAGGAAAAUUUGGUGUGUGAUGACAAAUAUAAAAUUUCGCUAGCUAAAACGAUUUUCUUCGCCGGAGUUUUGACGGGUUCCUUCAUGUUUGGUAUGAUAUCGGACGUUUUUGGCCGUCGGAAGACGCUUUUGAUUGGAAUCCUGGCAGAGCUUGUGACAUCUCUUGCAUUGGCUUUCUCCUAUAAUUUCGUUAUGUUUGUACUGAUCCGCUUUUGUACUGGAGCAGCGUGCGUCGGGUUGUUUAUGACGACCUAUGUUUUAGGAAUGGAAUGGGUCGGCCCUUCCGCGAGGAAAUACGCAUCCUUGAUCUUUGGUUUCUUUGGACCACUCGGAGGGCUAUACUUUAUCUGUGUCUCUUAUGUUGUCAGGGAUUGGUUUUGGAUCAUCAUUGCUAUGGCUCUCCCGUUUGCAAUCAACAUUAUCCUGUGGUGCUUCAUUCCUGAAUCGCCACGCUGGUUAUUUAGUACCGGAAGAACAAAGGAGGCCGUUCGUUUGAUUGAAAAAGCUGCCAAAUACAAUAAAAGAGAAAUCUCUUCAAAGAUAUUGGAGGAGGUGACCAUUGAGAAGAAAGAAACUGGCAAGAUAUGGUUGCUAUUCUCCCACCGUCGUCUUGGAAUAAGAACCAUCAUCAUAUUUUAUAAUUGGAUGGUGGCGAGCAUGGUUGUCUAUGGACUUUCCCUGAACACUGGGAUCCUGUAUGGAGAUUAUUACAUUAACUUCCUCCUGGUUGUGCUGGUAGAGUUUCCUGGAAACGUUCUACCCCUAUUGUCAGUUGAUAGAAUUGGCAGAAAAAAGAGCCAUUUUAUAUAUAUGGCUGCAGGUGGUACAGCUUGCCUGAGCACUAUUUUCACGGUCAAUUUUGGAGGAAAAGAUCUGCAGCCACUCACGACAGCUUUAGCGAUGGUUGGGAAAAUGUUCGCUACAGCAGCAUUCGCUACAAUCUACAUCCUGUCCGCCGAACUUUUCCCCACAUCCAUAAGGAACGCUGGUAUGGGAUCCAGUUCGUGCUGGGCCCGUGUGGGCGGAAUGAUUUCACCGUUUAUUGCAGACACGGCUGAUUUAGUUGGUAAAACCUCCGGAACUGCUAUACCGCUGGUGAUAUUCGGAGGGGCGUGUCUCAUUGCUGCGGGCCUCACUUUGAUUCUACCGGAAACUCUACAUAAAAUGCUGCCCGAAACCAUUGAAGACGGCAAAAACUACACAACGAAAGAAUACGAAGAAAGAUCGAAGCAAUGCAUGAGUGGAUUUGAGCAGGAGACAGAAUCGACGCAGUUUUAGAAAUCAGUGUAGGGGCCUGUCUAAACUUUUGUGGAAUUAAUUUCACUAUAUAUCGAUGAUAGAGAUAAAAGAGACCGAUGUGAUGGCUUGAAAGUAUAAAACUAGGACACUUGUAUAUCAAAAACUUUUAUUAUGAUAGGGUUACACCAAUAAUCAUUGCUUCCGCUGUAUAUCGUAGGUGGAAUAUAAUAAAUCAUAACGUUAAAUGUUGAACUCUUGAAUAAACAAAACUAAAAGUGAAGAAAUAUUAUCCAUUGCAAUCUGUGCUUUAUAUAAGAUAUUUCAAAUGCAGUGUAUAUCUUGUAUGACCCUCCUAGAUUUAUAUGAAAUGGUCACACGUUAUCCUAACGAAAAGUGAAGAUAACGAAUCAGUCUUAUAAGGAAUACAAAAAGAAAAGCUGUUUAUUUGAGGAUACAAACUUGCAUUCCAUUAUAAAACUGUUUUAUUUGCUUGUUAAUACAUAGGUCAGAUAUAAAAAAAAUUUAAAAAAUUAAAUAAAAAAUCAGUUUUUUUUAAAAUUCCCGUAAUACUUCAUAACGUAAUAUUAUGACGUCACAAUGAUCUUUGUUAAACGUACAUAGAAUUUGGCGCUUUUGACGCCAUAAUUAAAUUCUUGAUAACAUGUGUAGCUAAGCAAUAUUGCCAUAUCCGUUGAAGAUUGAAAAUAAAACCGGUUGAGUUAUUUUCGGUGUCCUGAUUUUUCUUUAUUAUACUAUUGCU